CCGCUCUCUCACCUCUCUCUGUCUCUCUCUCUCUCUCGCACCUGACCGAUAUCGGAUUCCACCAGCCGCUACGUGUAUCGCCGCCCGAAACGCACGUGCCGGCCGACACGCUUUAUCUUCGACUAUCUCAGCCGAUCCCUGGCCGCCCCUAUCAAUGCCAUCCGCCGAGGGCCCCACGUCGCCGCCGCCGGCCGCAGCGCCGCCGCAGUCCUCGCCGCUUCCAAUGACACCGGACACGUUCGCCCGUGAUGCGAUCAUCUCGUGGUUCCGCGGCGAAUUCGCGGCGGCAAACGCUAUCAUCGACGCCCUCUGCCACCACCUGGCGCAGAUCGACGGCGGGGAUCGGCGAUCGGACUACGAGGCCGUGUUCGCCGCGAUCCACCGCAGGAGAUUGAACUGGAUUCCGGUCCUCCAUAUGCAGAAGUACUUCUCGAUCACCGACGUUGCGAUCGAGCUGAGGCGGGCCGCGGCGAAGAAGAGGGACGAGGAGAAGAAGGGGAAAGAGAACGGAGAGGAGAUCGGAAAUGGCGUUUGUUUGGAAAGCGAAGAUUCUUCCGAUCAAAAGACUCCGGAAGAAGAAGGAUCCCAAGUAGGACAAGUUUCUUUGGUAGACGAUUCGUUUUGCUCCAAUCAUGAAGACUGCGAACAACGGCCCGCCAGUAUCAAGAUCACUAAAGGUUUCGUAGCCAAGGAGCCAGUGAAAGGGCAUAUGGUUAAUGUUGUAAAGAGUCUAAAGAUGUACGAGGACAUUUUCACUGAUUUGGAGCUCUCAAAGUUAUCUGACUUCAUAAGCGAACUCCGUCUUGCGGGUCGGAGGGGAGAUCUAUCAGGCGAAACAUUCAUGUUCUUCAACAAACAAUUGAAAGGGAAUAAGAGGGAGAUAAUUCAACUUGGUGUUCCCAUCUUUGGACCGAUUAAAGAGGAGGCAACAAGCCAUAUUGAACCGAUGCCUUCAAUUCUGCAAUCUGUCAUAGAUCAUCUGGUUCAAUGGCACCUAAUUCCAGAGAGUAGGAAGCCAAACAGUUGUAUUAUCAGCUUCUUUGAUGAGGGGGAAUACUCACAACCAUAUUUGAAACCACCGCAUUUGGACCACCCUAUUUCUACACUUCUUCUUUCAGAAUCUACAAUGGCUUUCGGUCGCAUUCUUUCCGGUGAUCAUGAUGGAAAUUACAAAGGCCCGCUCAUGCUUACUCUGAAGGCAGGGUCACUCUUAGUCAUGCGUGGGAACAGUGCCGACAUGGCAAGACACGUCAUGUGCCUGUCUUCCAACAAGAGGGUCAGCAUCACAUUUUCCAAGGUUCAGCCCUCAACCAACCAAAUCUCCCCAUCCGUCAUCCCUCCAUUGACCAGUGCUAUGACACUCUGGCAACCAGGAGGAACACAACCAUUCAGAGCACUCGGCUACGAAGCAAUUGAUAUGGUCCAAAAAUGGGGAGUCCUCCGCACCCCAUUGGUCAUGCUAGCACCACCACGGCCCAUGGUUAUGGGCCCCAAGAGGAUACCACGUGGUGGAACCGGCGUGUUCUUACCUUGGACAGUGGGAUCCAAGAAAUCCAUGAAACAUCUUCCACCACGUGUCCAACGAGGAAGGCUUCCUUCGUUACCUUCCUUGACGGAAACAGAUACAGCAAAGCCCUCCCCCGAUCCAGUUGUCACAAUGUGAUUAGUUUUUUUUUUUUUUUUCUUGCAUCGAAUAUGGAGGAUUUGGCAACUGUUCCUUUUUUUUCUUAGAUGAUCAUCUCGAUAGAGGAUUAGAAUAUAGCUAGAGAUGAACUAAAAAAGAGUUUCAAUUACGAGGAUUUCCCCAGUAAAGGGUUUGAAUUUUGUAUUCUACUUAUGUUGAGUUUUUAUCCAAAGUAGUUGGAUUUUUUCUUUC